CACAGUUACCAUUUAUGAGGCUGGCAAAUGGAAUAUAAGUAGGCGUGCAGGCAUCCGUUUUUAUUUUAGUUAUUUAGAAUAGAUAGACGAUCCUAUCAUUUAAUGCAGUUAUUUUCAUUUUUUUAAAACCUAGAUAUAUAUUUUUUAAACCAUGCAUCCAGACUCCAGCACUGAGUUCGACUCUUCAUCCAGCUGUAGCACAGCAUCGCCUGGCGGGGACACCCCUGGGUGCAGCCAGCAUCCUCCUGACUUGCUUUCAUCAUCACUGGACAGCGCCAAGAAUGCAGCAGAAUCCUUUGUUCCGACCGUGACUGCGAUCUCCACAUCGCCGGAGCUCAGGUGGAUGGUGCAGCCGACGGUCCUCACAUCCGUCUCCCCGCCGUCCGGCCGCGCAAAGACCAAACCUCGGUCGUCUUCCCCGGCAGGUGCGAGGAACAAGGCGAAAGCUUGCAGCAGGAAAGGGCAGAAGGAGCAGCCUUCCAAAGAGGAAGAGGAAAGGAGGAGGAUCAGGAGGGAGAGGAACAAAAUUGCUGCAGCAAAGUGUCGUAACAGACGGAAGGAGCUGAUAGACACCCUUCAAGCUGAAACUGAUACGCUAGAAGAAGAGAAGUCUGCCCUCCAGACGGAGAUAGCAAACCUGCUGAAGGAGAAGGAGCGACUGGAGCACAUCUUGGCUUCCCACAAACCGUCCUGCAAACUCCCUGCAGACGAAGAUAACGACAGGGAGGGGGACGGCGACGAUGAUGUUAACGCCAUGCUGCAGGAUCCUCCAGCCUCCCCGCAGCUGCUGUCCAUCUUAGAGAAUGGAAAAACCCCAGAGAGCAGCAACACGGCCAUCGGAGAGGCCUCCAUUGGUCAAGACAUGGACAGUGCCCCUUGCAGUCCUGCCGCGGCCAUCUUGGGGAACUCCAACAUCCUCCUGUGUUCCAGCGCAGAAGAGGAGGCCCUGGAGGACUUGAAAGGAGAUGACCUGGACGACUUGGUGCCCAGCCUGGAGAUGGCGGUGACGUCUGAGACGGCAGCAUCUGUCCCCGACAUAGACCUGAGCAGCCCUUUCUGCCUCUCAGACUGGGAAACGCUGUACAAGUCUGUGGCGAACGACCUUGAAUCUUUGAGUACGCCGGUCAUGUCUUCCAGUCCCACUUGUAGCAAUUACCGCACAGUGUUUUCCUUUAAUUACUCUGAGAUUGAUUCCUUGGCUGAAGGCUGUGAGAGCCUCAAAGGCAGCCUUGGUGCAUCUGAGUUAAUGAAAGAUAGUCUUAACUCUCCAACACUUCUGGCCUUGUGAAUGCAAAGAAGUUAUGCAACAAUACUGUAUUUGUGUUCGAACCAUCCAGCAAGCUAUGAUCUCUCUCGAAUAAUCUUUUGUAGUGUGAGUUUUGAUGUUGUGUAAACCUGAACAUCAAAGAUCGUGUAGACGACGUGUUUCUUUGUGACUGUGACAGGGUUGAAUUCUUCCAUACUGUUGCUACAACCAUCUGAGAUGAGACUUUGUGCUGGUAGCAAAAAAAUGCAUGCAAAUACAAGUCAUCUGUAAUCCAAGAAGAGGUGGUAUCUUGUGUUUUUUUAACAGAAAAAAAAUCUACAUGUGAUGUAAAGCUAGAUCAUGCUCAAUAGGUUAAUGUAACGUAAUGCUGUUGAUCAAGUUGUGUUGUAACAAGUGAACAGUAGAGGGUUACUAAUAUGUAGCGUAUAGGUGUCACAUCUUGCUGUAAGGUGUCCCCUGACCUGACUUGACAUUUGCUUUUGAGUUUUUCCAUGAAAAAACAAGCUCAUGCCAUGUAUUUUAUCGAGAUGUAUUUUAUGACAUAGUUUAUUUUUUUACUUAUCAAAAAUGAUGCAAGAUGCAAAAGUUAAAUAACGCUGGAAAUAAAAUAAGACAACCACUAA